AGAGCUCUUGGCUAUUAGGGUUUGGACCCUGGAGCUGUCGACAGCUCAUGAGCAUUGGGGCUUGGACCUUGCGACGGCCAACAGCACUUUGAUCCUGCGUGCUAUUGACCCUACAAAGGCCAAGAACCUUUGGAGAUUUGGGUUUGGACCCUGCAAAGGCCAAGGGCCUUUUUAUAUUUGGGUUUGGACCCCACAAAGGCCAAGGGCCUUUGGACACUGGGGUUAAACCCUGCGAAGGCCAAGGGCCUUUGGACACUGCACUUUGGACACUGUUUGUGCCAAGAAGCGGAUGGACACGCGACGGGGAGUUCGAGGACUUUCUCACCAGGGACAAUCCUCCCGAGCCCCUGAGGCACUGAUAGACGACGGUGACAGCAUGGCCCAUUCCAUCAUCUACACUGACAAUCCUGGCAGCAUCCUCUCAACUCUGACAUCCACGGAUAAACAGGAUCCCUUUGCAUUGCUUCGGGAAGUCUCAGGGAAUUGUGAGCGCAUGCAGCAGCGUAUUGAUCAAAUGGACGAGGAAAACCAAAUGGUCACAAGCCGCUAUCAGCAGAUGAAGAAUCUGGUAGAAGGAAUCAUAGAUUGCUGCGAAAACGUUGAGAAGUCCAGGGAAAAGCUGCAGCAAUGCAUGGGGAUCCCAGAGCCAGGAGCCUUGUGGCUGCGUCAAAGGAACACCGAGCAGUGGAAGGAAGCAUCAGCCCAGAUGGAAAAGGCACAGCAGCAGUACAGGAUGGAGGUUUCCCAGGAGCAAGAGUCAUCGAGCAGGGCUCUGGAGCAGCUGUGCUGGCAAUCCUCUGGCCAAGGGCACGCACUGGCCCAGGUGUGCAGAGAGAAGGAGCUGCUGGGCCAGGAGAAGGCUGCCCUUAAGGAAGGAAUGGAUAACAUGGAACGGCACCGACAAGAGCUUUCCAAGCAGCUGGCAGAGACCAGGUCAGCAAAGGAGAGCCUGGAAUUCAGCCUGUCUGCUGCUCAGCAGCAGAUAGCUCAGCUGGAGAUGAGCAGGAACCAUCUGAAGGCUCAAGUGCUCACAGUCACGCAGGCCAAGGCAGUGGUAGAAGGACAAGUGAAAUUCCUGCAACAAGAGCUGAAAGCAGAGAGAGCUCUCAGGAGAAAGGAACAGGAAGAGAGAGCUCAGCAGUUCAUGCAGGCAGAGAAUCAGUGUCAAGAAAGCCUCAGGCUUCAGGGAGCAGCUCAGCAAAUGGAAAUAAACAAGCUCCUGCAAGACCUGAAAAAUGAGCAAGAAAGACACCAUGCAGAGUUACAGGAGAUGCUGGAGCAAUGGCAGGAAGAGAAAGCAAAGAGAGAGCGGGAACACGAGAAGGUGCUGCUUGAGCUGAGGAAGAAAGUUGCCACCCUGCAGGCCCAACAAGAUGAACAAAUUAGAUUUGAAAAAGCCAAGCGACAGGUAAUGGUUCUGAAGGGAGAACUGGUGUGAUUUUUUGCAAGGCUGGAGCUGUGGAGAUAGCAGGCUAUGGGGGCUGUGUGGA